AUUGGUUAGUGAGUGUAAAAGCAGAGAGCAAUCUCCUAGAGAAAGCCAAGGCUGCAAAUAUUAAGGAUACUAGUGGUUUUAGUACUUCUUUUUUUUUUUUAAACCUUGGGCACCCAGCUAAUAGUAGUGGGCCAAAUGAUACAGGCUCUGGUGUAGAGAAUUUGGGUUUGGAACCAACUAAUGCUGAUCAGUUCCCAUAA